GUUGUGUGUCUGAGCUUGAGACGGAAUAGCGUAGAACCACUGACACUAGUGUCGCACGAUCAUCACUUCUUCCAGUGGUCACUAACUGCGUCACAAUGCUUUCGCAAGCCGGUGUUCGCUCGCUUGGAGCCGGGCUUCUGCAGGCUGCCCGUGGGUCACUGCCUACUGAUGCCGCGGCUCUCCGGUGCCUCAGUGUCUCGGCGGCCGUGCACUCCGAUGCCGUCAUUGGUAUCGAUCUCGGCACCACCAACUCUUGCGUGGCUGUCAUGGAGGGCAAGUCCGCCCGUGUGAUUGAGAACGCCGAGGGUGCCCGCACCACCCCCUCCGUGGUCGCCUUCACGGAUAAGGGCGAGCGCCUGGUUGGUCUCCCCGCCAAGCGCCAGGCUGUCACCAACCCCACCAACACCGUUUACGCCACCAAGCGUCUGAUCGGCCGCGGAUAUGACGACCCGCAGACCCAGAAGGAGGCCAAGAUGGUGCCGUACAAGAUCGUGAAGGCGCCCAACGGCGAUGCCUGGGUCGAGGCCGGCGGCCAGCAGUACUCCCCCAGCCAGAUGGGCGCCUUCGUGCUGACCAAGAUGAAGGAGACGGCGGAGGCCUACCUGGGCCACCCCGUGUCCAAGGCGGUCAUCACGGUGCCGGCCUACUUCAACGACUCCCAGCGCCAGGCCACCAAGGACGCCGGCCGCAUCGCAGGUCUGGAGGUGCUGCGCAUCAUCAACGAGCCCACCGCCGCCGCGCUGGCGUACGGCACCGAUAAGAAGGAGGGCCUCAUCGCGGUGUACGACCUGGGUGGUGGCACCUUUGAUAUCUCCAUCCUGGAGAUUAUGGGCGGUGUGUUCGAGGUGAAGGCCACCAACGGAGAUACCUUCCUGGGAGGUGAGGACUUCGACAACACCAUCCUGAACUACCUGGUUGGCGAGUUCAAGAAGGAGACCGGCAUCGACCUGUCCAAGGACCGCCUGGCGGUGCAGCGCCUGCGCGAGGCCUCGGAGAAGGCCAAGUGCGAGCUGUCGUCCACCACCUCCACCGACAUCAACCUGCCCUUCAUCACCGCUGACGCCUCGGGCCCCAAGCACCUCAACAUGGCGCUCACCCGCGCCAAGCUGGAGCUGCUUGUGAAGGACCUGCUGGAGCGCACCAAGCAGCCCUGCUACCAGGCCAUGAAGGACGCGGGCGUGCAGGCCAAGGACAUCCAGGAGGUGCUGCUGGUGGGCGGCAUGACGCGCAUGCCCAAGGUGAACGAGAUCGUGAAGGAGGUGUUCCAGCGCGACCCCUCCAAGGGUGUCAACCCCGAUGAGGUGGUGGCCAUGGGUGCGGCCAUCCAGGGAGGCGUGCUGCGCGGUGACGUCAAGGACAUCCUGCUGCUGGACGUGACCCCCCUGUCCCUGGGCAUUGAGACCCUGGGCGGUGUGUUCACCCGCAUGAUCAACCGCAACACCACCAUCCCCACCAAGAAGUCCCAGGUCUUCUCCACCGCCGCCGACAACCAGACGCAGGUGGGCAUCAAGGUGUUCCAGGGCGAGCGCGAGAUGGCCGCCGACAACAAGCUGCUGGGGCAGUUCGACCUGGUGGGCAUCCCGCCCGCCCCCCGCGGAGUGCCGCAGAUUGAGGUCACCUUCGACAUUGACGCCAACGGCAUUGUGCACGUGAGCGCCAAGGACAAGGCCACCAACAAGGAGCAGUCCAUCCGCAUUCAGUCCAGCGGUGGCCUCAGCGAGGACCAGAUCCAGCAGAUGGUGCGCGAUGCGGAGACCUACGCCGAGAAGGACAAGACGCGCAAGGAGCUCAUUGAGGCCAAGAACGAGGCCGACACCGCCAUCUACAGCACCGAGAAGAGCCUCAACGAGUACAAGGCUAAGCUGCCUCAGGCUGUGGUGGAUGAGAUCAGCAAGGCCAUUGCUGAGUGCCGCGCCGCCUCGCAGACCGAGGACCUGAACGACCUGAAGGCCAAGAUCCAGGCCCUCAGCACGGCAUCCAUGAAGAUCGGCGAGACGCUGGCGCAGCAAUCGGGCGCCUCCUCGUCUUCUUCGUCGUCCUCGAGCGGCUCGGAUUCCGAGAAGAAGUAAACGACAACCGCCUGACGAUGAUGAGGAUGUUGAUGCGGUGAUGGCGGGUGACUGUUACUGACUUCUGGUUCUGAGACCGACACGCCCCUUGACUGGGAUUGGGGUGUGUGGUGGGAAACCGGGGUGGGGAGAUCCAGGGAUUUGAUUAUACGUUCUGGGGCGUCGACUGCUGCUCUGGGGUGUAAGGUGCGAGUGACUGUUCGUCGGUGGUCUUUUUUGGCGUUGUGAGUUGUGGUUAGUUUUGUGUCAAGGGUCCCCUCCGUCGCCUUCAGUGCACAACCCGUCGGGUGUGUCCUGCCCACCCGACCGCCGCUUCCUUGCGCGUGCAUGCGCUCUUGCAACUGCUGCUCUGCGGAAUCAAGUUGUGGAAGAGAAGAGCCUGUGGGAUGAGGGUUUUGCUGUGACUCCUUUUCCCUAUGCCUUCUUCCCAAUUACAUCUCAUGCGCUGUCGCGUGAUGUGGGAAAAGGCUUGCUGGCUGGUUAGCGUAGCGUAGGUCGUGGCAUGUGCACAACGCUCUAGCGCAGCUCCGAUGUGACGCUUUUCAUCCCCUCCCCUGAGACGACGGUGUGUGGACGGGACGUCGUGUGUGUGAGGUCGAAUGGCUCUGCAUGUUUUGUUUUUCAGGUGCCUUUCCAGCACAUUGCCUUGGGAGCACACAGAAGAGAAAAAGAGCUGUGAUGGUCUCAAUAAUAUCGGGCCAUCCUUACUACAGCUGCUUUUACGUGUUUGGCUUCAGCUAAGCCAGCUACGCUUGGGCGGACGCUGUGCUAUACGCCCCAUGGCGAUGUUUCAAUGACGCUGUGCCUGCUGUUUAUUGAGAGGCUCCCCGCCCGCAAGGGCGCGAGGAGGUGUCCCCGGGAGAAGCCGCCGCCGCGAGUCCUGCUAUACGUAUUGUAGGGUGCUAUCUAGCAGGUGUCGACUGUGCCGCCGCUGUCGCUCCCCGUGGGAGGAUCUCGACGCAGAGACGCGAGUUGUCGUACAACGCCACAACAGACAAGCCGCGCUGACUGCUGUAAGCCAACCAACCUGUGUUU